AUGAGUUCGCUUUCGAUUGUAAGUCCCGAACGUCGGAUUGAACUUAAUCCUUUUGAUGUUGAUGCCUGGAAUCUUUUGCUGCGAGAGUCACAGGCUAGACCAAUUGAUCAGGUGCGUUCGUUUUACGAGAAAUUAGUGAAGCAGUUUCCGAAUGCUGGCCGUUACUGGAAAGCAUACAUAGAUCAUGAACUUCGUGGCAAAAAUUACGAAAAUGUGGAAUCAUUAUUUGGUCGUUGUCUUAUUCAUGUUCUCAACAUCGAUCUCUGGAAGUGUUAUGUUUUCUAUGUACGGGAGACCAAAGGACAUCUCUCCUCUUUCAGGGAGAAAAUGGCACAAGCAUAUGAAUUUGCUUUGGACAAAAUUGGUCUUGAUAUGCAUUCAUAUUCAAUUUAUUCUGAUUAUCUUUCUUUUCUUAAAUCUGCGCCCACAGUUGGUCAGUAUGCAGAGAAUCAGCGAAUUUCAGCUGUUCGUAAAGUAUAUCAGCGUGGUGUUGUCACUCCAAUGGUUAAUAUUGAACAGUUAUGGGCAGAAUACUGUGCUUACGAAAAGAGCGUUAAUGUCACAUUAGCGGAGAAAUUGAUAGCUGAGCGGAAUAAGGAAUAUCAAAUUGCUAAGCGCAUUUCAAAAUCGUUAGAGCAAGUCACAAGGGGGUUAAAUCGACAAGCUGUAAGUGUUCCACCACGAGGAACUGCUGCAGAAAUGAAACAGCUAGAUAUGUGGCGAAAGUAUAUACAGUGGGAAAAAACUAAUCCUUUGGGUACAGAAGAAUAUGCAUAUUUUGCUAAAAGAGUAAUAUACGCUUACGAACAAGCUCUUCUGUGUCUUGGUUACUAUCCCGAUAUGUGGUAUGAAGCCGCAUUGUUUCAGCAACAAGCUGCAGCUGUUUUAGCAGAAAAGGGUGAUGUGAAAUUAGCAGCUACAAUGAACACUGAUAUUAUUCAAUUAUUCGAACGUGCAAUUGGUGGUCUUUUAAAGGAAAGCCAGCUUUUGUUUUUUGCAUAUGCAGAUUAUGAAGAAGAGCCCAUUGAAACAGCGGAUCCUACUUUGGCUUAUAUACAAUUAAUGAAAUUCGUGAGACGAACCGAAGGUGUACAGUAUGCACGUGCUAUUUUCAAACGUGCUCGUCAAGACUCACGUUGCAAAUUUCACAUUUUUGUUGCAUCUGCACUAAUGGAAUAUUAUUGUAGCAAGGAUACGGAUAUUGCGAUAAGAGUUUUUGAUAUGGGACUAAAAAAAUAUGGCGAUGAACCAGAAUACGCUCUUGCUUACGUCGAUUUUCUGUCACACUUAAAUGAGGAUAACAAUACACGUGUUGUUUUUGAACGAAUAUUAACUUCGGAAUCCAUGACACCUGAAAAAUCGAUUGAAAUUUGGGACCGUUAUCUUGAAUUUGAGUCGCAUGUUGGUGAUUUAUCGAGUAUUUUAAAAGUUGAUCAGAGGCGACGUGAAGCGCUGAAUGAACAAUAUGGUGAAAUGCAAACGCUACUGUUAAUUGAUCGGUACAAAUUUUUGGAUUUAGUGCCGUGUACUAGUGAUCAGUUACGAUUGAUGGGUUAUUCGAAAAAACUGGGACAAGGUUCAUCAUUGAUUGGACGCGCAUCGGUUUCAGGGACGGCUUCUUUGCUAUCAAAUGGUGCUCAAACAAAUGGGCAAAAUGUAGUAAGACCAACUGCAGGUGUAGGUGGGCCAUCGGUUGUAAUGGGUGGUGGUGUAAGUUUAGAAAUUUCUGGUUAUCCAAGACCAGAUACAGAUCAGAUGAUACCUUUCAAACCAAAACUGAAUACAAAUGGCAGUUAUCAUCCUGUUCCUGGUGGUGUUUUUCCGCCACCGACUGCGGCGGCUCAGUUGAUGCAGAUGUUACCACCUCCAUGGUGUUUCAAUGGUCCGUUCGUUUCAGUAGAUUUACUUAUGGAAAGUUUAACGAAGUUCAGUCAAAGCGGACCACCAUCAGUGGAUCCUAAAGUGAAACUAGAAAAUGGUACCAUGUUUGGAAUGCAUCGAGUAGAAGAUAUCAAAAAAGAAUUUUAUCAAUUAUUAAAUACUACUACUGAUCCUAAUGUUAUUUUGGCAUCAAGUGAAUAUCAACAACAACAAUCAGCUGCUACGCAAAGGAAGAGACGAGCAGCAGGUGGUGGUGAUUCUGAUAGUGAUGAGGAAGCUACACCACGUGCACCAGGGAUAGUUCGAGACAUUUAUCGAAGGAGAAUGAAUCAAAAAGUUCAUGAGUAA